CAGAGACUUGAAACCACUUGAAACUGAAAGUUAGUGUGAAGUAAAUUCAGCGUUAUUUGAGAUAAAAUAGAGCCACCUCGCUCAUUAAAUAAUAAAAACACGUUGAAAGGGCAGAAGUGAUGGACAAACUUGAAGACUGUGAACGUUUUUUGGAGAAUGUGGACAAAAUAAGUGAGCUAGUGAAGGAUCUGAAGUCCUCUGAGGUUAAAGUCCAGCAAGAAGCAAUGGAGAAAGCAGAUCGUUACAUUGCUGCCUUGGAUGAACCCUGCAGGACAAAAGUCAGCAAGACUACAAUCAACACAAACCCACCACUUCAGCCUUCCUCAAGUCUGCACAAUGAAAGUCCAGAUAAUUUCAUGAAGAUUAUGGAGAGAGAUGCAGAAGACAGGAGAGUAAGGAGGAUUGCAAAAGCAAAAAAGGCCACUGCGCUCAAAGAAAAGGGGAAUGAAGCGUUUGCUCAAGAAGACUAUGAAACUGCUGUGAAGUAUUACAGCGACGGCUUGGCUGAACUACGGGACAUGCAGCCAUUGUACACCAACCGAGCACAAGCCUACAUCAAGCUGGGGAGGUACACAGAGGCCAUCAGUGACUGUGAAUGGGCCCUGAAGUGUGAUGAGAGGUGCAUAAAAGCUUAUCUACACAUGGGGAAAGCGUACCAGGCAUUAAAGAAAUAUAAUGAGGCUAGAAACUGCUUUGAAAAGAUUGUGGGAAUUGAACCCGCAAGGGAGAAGAUGGUGACAGAAUACCUGACCCAGGUAGAUUUGGAAGAGGCAAGAGAGAGUCAGGAAAUGAAUGCAAUGCAAGAGUUUGACAAGGGAGAGGGGAAUGCCACAAGAGUGCCCCAGGUGCUGGGGAAGCUGUCAAGGCCCGACCAGAUUCCCUUGUACUACUGUGGAGGAUUGGAGAUUCUGUCACGAGCAGUCACUGACUGUACAGGCCAGACCCUUUUCAGACUGAACAAUGGCUUUAGUAUCAUCAGCAGCAAUGACAUGGUGAGGAGUUGCCUGUUGCAGGAAACAAAGGAUCCAGACAGCCAGGAGCUGUGUGUCUCUGUGCUGAAAUUAUGGAGGAUUAUUUGUAUUGGAAACGAUGAAAACCAGAAAAUGUUGAUGGCAUGCCCAGUCGCCAGAGAGUCCACUGUUCCCUUGUUAACAUCAGGGCACGUUGCAGUGCGGAAGGAAUGCCUGUUGUUAAUAUCUUUAUACUCACAGACACUACAUGGCAGGAGAUUGGCCAUUGACAACCUGAAUGUGCACAUGUUAGUGAGGAACCUCAUGGCGUGCAUCUCAAAGCCAAAGCAGCAGCAGGAGAACACAGCGGUCAAGAUUCUGGAGAACUUCGCAGCAGAAAACAAAUUUUGCAUUCAGUUAAGGGACGUGGUCACAGACUCUGUCAUUGUGCCAUUUACAACAAUACUGAGAAAUAUCAGCGAGUCCAAUCAGCUUCUUCUUGCGUCACUGAUAUCAGCUGUUGGCUGCCUGGUUCAAGAUGAUGCCAUCCGUCACAGUUUUGCUCAUGAUCCGGAAUGCUGGAAGGCCUUUGUGGUUGCCAUUAGGCAAUGCAGUGCAUUUGAAUACGAAGAGGUCAUUUACCGCAUGCUUGGUUUGAUCAUCAACCUUUCAGCUCUUCCAUCUCCAGUCAUUCAGGAACAAGCUGUUUCACUCAGCGACUGCUGCCUGGGCCUGCUGAGGGAUAGUGAUGGAGGAAUCAUAACUAGAGCCACAGGCGUGCUAAGCACUGUUCUCCCUCAGUCCCUUGAGGCUGUUCAGCAUGUUAUUCAGGGGGAUGUGGUCUGUGCCAUGUGCCGACUGCUUAAGGUACGUACUGGAACAGGGCAGACUGCCACUAAGUAUGCCAUUAAGACUCUGACAAUAUGCACUGCUGCCAGUCACUCAGCACGGGAGAAGCUGGUGAAGUCUGAUAAAAAACUGUCUAUUUUACGUCAUUUGCUGGGUUCCAGCUGUGAUGAGAUGGUGUCAGGAAAUGCAGCCCUCUGCUUGGCCCACUGCCUUGAAUUGGAAGGAAUUGCCAGCACCCUGCUGGGCACUGAUAUUGUGCUGCUGCUGCUGCGCCACGCUGCAGGGGACACUAAGAGGACAGCUGUGCGGCAAAAUGCAGCGAUUGCUCUGGGGAAGCUGUGUCGAUCUGAACCCAGACAUAUGAACAAACUUCGAGAACUUCACGGCCUUGAGAUCCUGCACUCCUGUAUGAAGCUCAUCACAUGAACCCAGUAACACAUUUUGCUUGUCAUCAGUUUGGUUCUCCUCUGUAUUCUGUUUUGGGCUUAGACGCCUACCCACCUUUCAGGGAGAACAAAAAUUCACUCAAAAACACCAAUCCUGGUAGUUACGUUAUUCCUUUCCUUUCUAAUUCUUUCUCAAAACUUUGAGCAUUAAUUGCUUUUCCAAUCGAUACCUGUCUUUUUUUAAGUAGUAUAGAUUUUUUUGCUGUCUUGAGAGUAUAAAACUCAAGAAUGAGAUUCUCCUCUUAAUUGCUUCAUCUACAUAAACAAGGUCGUAAACAUUUGAGAUGUUCUUGGCUGUCCUUGUUUUUCAAACCCAUAUGAAUUUAUGUGGUCAAUUACCGUACAUAAGUGUGAUGUUCAGUUCAUUUUUACCAUCUUUAAUUGUCUAUUAUUAGAUGAAAACAUCAGUAAUAUUUAAUUGCACAUUCUCAUCAAUACUUUCUAUUUUACAAAGCAAAUAAAUAUAUGACAAAAUCCAUCCAAGAUCACGUAUGCAGUGAAACAGACUGUAAUUGUUUGGUUCUGAAGGGCGGAUAUUGAUCAGACAGCAUUUACAUAUUGAUGUGAGGAACAGAUCAGAACAAUGUAUCCCUGUAGUGUUAGGGUUCACAGAGGCUCUUACUCAUCUUGAAGGGCAUUCAUUAAUUUACAAUAAAAAAGUGUGUUACAGGCAAAGAACUGAAUACACUGCUUGCUUAGCACUUAGUGUCACUGGCACUUCUGUCCAUUAUUUAUGUGACUAUAAUCACAAGUUUAAACUAGAAGGGCACUUGAAGACCUCGGCCGUGGCCAAUAGUUCAGUCUUUUAUUAAAAAGCUUUGUUAUUAUGUAUAUACUGUACUUUAUGUACAAAUAACAAAUGCUGAGGCUGGAAUAAUAUCAUGCACAUGGCAGCAUGUUCAAGAACAGUUACGAAAACUGUAUGUUCACAAGGACGAAAUGUUUUCUUGAGCCAAAUUCAAAUUUGAGUAUAGAAAAAAAAAUCCUUGUUAUGCAAAGCAGUAUAAUUUGGUGACAUAACACUUACAAAUGUGAUGAUACAGUUGUACCAGUCCUCCCAUGAAACCACCGUGCCUGAGUGCUGCAUAAUGACUGCACAUGAAAGUUACCCAACUGGUAUCGUACCUGUGCAUGUGGACUGUGAUAUGGAGUCAUCAUUUUUGGAUGUUUGUCACUUUUAAACUUUGCUUUCAACUACUGGAUUUGAAGAUGUAUGGCAUUUACUUUACCAAGGCCAGAUGCCCUAUCUCAUGACGUAAACGAAAGUAAAAAAUAAAAAAGUGUAUGUGCCUUGCGGUUCAGAUCUGCUCCAAAAUGUAAUGGGUUCUUCCUUGGCCCGUGCUUCACCUUCCACCAAGUUUCAUGAAAAACAGACCAGCAGUUUUUCCUGUGGGCAAAAAGACAAACAAACUGAUCAGAAAACACAACUUCCUUGGCAGAAGUAAUUAAGUGUGUGUCCUAAAGGGUCAUUUUACUUCACACCAGCCUUUGGUAUAUCUCUUAUUUUACGGUUUUUCAGGUGUGUGGUUUGUUUAUUUUUGGAUUUAAUAUCCAGAAUGGGACAGCUGAGUGUAUUUAUCACUGAUUUAAAAAAAAAAAAAAAAACGACUUCUAGCUAUGUUUGGAUUCUCUGGAUAGAAAUACCAAAAGGACAGUCAUCUCAAAAUAAAUUUGCAUUUGCAUUUUAAAGACUUAACAGUUUGGGAUCUGCUUGAUUUGCAUGUCUCACAGAGGUGGCUGCGCCCAGGAAUUUAAUGCAGCUGUGUGACAACAGCUCGAAACACUCCUUGAAUGCUGAGCACAGCCACUAUGAGAAGGUCAGAGUUAUAACUCUGCUAGCAAAAUGUUUGCACACCCACUGUUAUGUGGAGUCUAAACUUGGAGAGACAAGUGGAACUGGAGUGAUGUUUGCUGUUACCUUAGCUACUCUAUAUUACGAAAAGGUCUGAUGGUAGAGGUUGUGGUUUUAGGUGAGUGAGUGUUUUUGGGGGGUAUGUGCAUAUAUUGUAUGGACUGCCAUAAAAUUUGUUACAGAUAUCUCAACAUCUACAGGAGGACUUACUGUAAAGAGGACAAAAAGAAAACAAAAGUGUAGACAUUCAUGAUCCUCAAAGGAUAAAUCCUAAUCCUGAUAACUUUGGUGAUCUCCUGACUCCUACUGGUGCUACCAUUAAAUUUAGGGGGGAGCAAAACGAUCAAACGAUCAUGCUCCCCUCAGAACGAAUAAAACUUUGAUCAACUCCUCAUCUUGCACCAUCUUCAGAUGGUCCAUUACUUUAAUUGAGACAUAAUACUAAAGACCCUCUCAUUAGCUUUAGCUGUACUUCAUGUUUGGUGUUACUUAGAAACUGGUGUAUGCUAAACUAAGAUGGUUAACAAAUGGUCUCAUUAGUGUUAAGCUAGUCUCGCCACCAGACAAUCAGAGAUCUCCGCCUUCUGAUAGUCUGGGGACACUCCUUUCUAAAGUGUAUUUAACACACCGGCGAAAACGGCCAGCAACAAAGCAGCGCCUCUUGCAUUUUUGAAAAGGACACGCCUACUCAGAAAUGUGCGCUCCCCCUUUUCUCGUCCGCAAGGAAACAAACACACAGAGAGCUUGAAAAUGGAUGCCGAGAGAUUAAACUCCGUUUUAUCAAACGUGUGCUCAUCCGUGAAGAAAAUAUUUUAUCCAGCGGAUGUCUUAGUUACAACAUGAUUGAGCUAACUGGAGUAGUUUCAUGUCGUAUCCAACAACGGGAGGCUUUUAACAGAUGACGUCCUGAUGCUAGCUUUGCUGCUAGUGUUAGCUGUCCACUGAUGCUUCCUAGACAUCGUGAUUUCCCAAAACUGAAUAAAUACCACACAUAGCAACACAAAACUGCUUUGCUAGUUCAAUCAUGUUGUAACUAAGAUAUCCGCUGGAAAAGAUAUUUUUUUUACGGACCAUUUAAUGAGUUAUUACCUAAUACAGACACCGCUAAUGGUAAGCCCAG